CGUUGCAAAGGUACUUUCCCAUGCAAUUUCUAGGAAAGAGAAACCCUCUUUCCCCCCAUGAAAACAGCCAUGAAAAUCUAACACCAAUACAUACCCAAAAAACAAAAACAGCUUUUCAUUUGGCCUCUUAUCUGUACCUUCGUUGGCAAUAUCCCCACCUUCAUCUCUCUUUCUCCCCUCAACUCCCCUCUGUUUCAAUCCUCCUAUUUAGUACCCUAGCUCCUUUCUAUUUCACCAUCCAGUAUUAUUUCCUCGUGUGUUUUUUUGCUUGCAUUUCUAGGCAAUGGCAGCAAAAACCGGCAUUGUGUUCGAGGACUUCUUUCCGGUCAUGAUCGAAAAACUAGGUGCGGAAGGAUUCAUGGACGAGCUCUGUAACGGGUUUCGACUGUUGAUGGAUGGGGAGAAGGGAGUCAUCACGUUCGAGAGCUUGAGGAAGAAUUCCGCCGUGCUAGGGUUGCAGGGGAUGGGCGACGACGAGCUGAUGUGCAUGCUUGAGGAAGGCGAUUUGGACGGGGACGGGAAGUUGAAUCAGAUGGAGUUUUGUGUUCUUAUGUUUAGACUUAGUCCUGAUCUGAUGAAUGGAUCAAGAAGGUGGCUGGAAGAAGCUGUUAUGAAUUAACGUGAUGUAGACUUUCUCCUUGUAUUCUCGAGGUCUUAUGCCACAUCUUAUUAUUCUUACUAUAUUUACUAAAAUAAUCAGGUGUCGCGCCAUCGUAUCCCGGCUCUUUUCAUCCAGCCAGCUAUUAUGUAUCCAUUUUUUUGUAGGUCUUUUAUGUAAUUACCAUUGUUAAAUACAUCUUAUUUCUCAAUGUAUCCAUUUAA